AUGAAGAGUUUUCCCAUGGCUCCCCCUCUUCUUCUGGUUUUCAUCCUGAGUAUCCACCUCGAAGCUGCCACACAUGGCAGUAAUGUGGCCAAGUUCUGCUGCUCACAGUUCAGCCACCGGACUCUUCCCUGGCAGUGGGUGCAAACCUAUGAAUUCACCAGGAACAGCUGCUCCCAGCAGGCUGUGAUAUUCACUACCAAAAGGGGUCGGAAAGUCUGUGCCCAGCCGAAGGCAAAAUGGGUGCAAAGCUACAUUUCUUUACUGAGAGCUCGGCAAUGA